AGAAGUUCUCCACUCCUCAAAAGCAGAGCCAUAGCACUAAAGAAGUAUGGAGAAGCGACGUACAAGCGAUAUUAUCGCUCAGAAAUCCUGCCCGUACGGGGGUUGAUAUGAACCUUCUUAUAUUUGGGUUCCUAAUAGCCAUCUUUGUUCGUGCGGCUGGGAGUGUAUGUGGACCUGCAGAGUACACGAAUAAUGAUGGCGAAUGUUGCCCAAUGUGUCGGAAAGGAUAUGUUGUGCGUGAAGACUGCAAUGAGUGGAGCAGUACAACAUGCAUACCUUGUGUUGGAGACACAUACGUGGGUGAACCGAAUAGAUGUUUUAAAUGCAAAAGUUGUGACCCGAAUCAAGGUCUGUAUACACUGCAAAAGUGCACAACGUUUAAUGAUGCUGUGUGUGACGUACUUCCUGGAUAUUACUGUGAGAGAUACACAGAGGACAAUGAGUGCCCGUUUGGAGUGAAACAUUCAGUGUGUUCUCCAGGCCAAGGUGUUAAAACGCCAGGAACAGAACUCAGAGAUACUGUGUGUGAGGACUGCAAAGAAGGCUAUUUUUCUAUUAAUGGAAUAAACUGCACAGAACAUACCAACUGUGCUGUUCUUGGUGAGGAGUUGGAGGAAAAAGGAAGUCCUAUUAAAGACAAUAAGUGUAGGAAGCCUCCUAGAAGAAGAGAUGGGUUGAUAGUCCCUUUUUUAAUUUUUCUCAUCCUACUUUUACUACUGUGGAGGAAACUUCAUAUUGGGUGUUCAUAUAAACUUCAUAUUGGGAAAGAUGUUCAAACAAGGAACACAACAGUAGGAUCAACAACAGAUCAAGGCUUGCGAGUGAUGCAACAGGAAACGGGUGAAUGUUCAGACCAUUCUCUACCAAAAUGAAGAUCAGAAUACGGAAGCACUUUCACCACAGAGAACAAUGUCACUAGAUGAUGAACUGGAUGAUGGACCAAGCAAAUGAAGUCAACCUGUUAGCCAUGGACACAAUUCUUCAUGUGAUGUGGGUAAGACAGGGUGUGAAAACCACACCACACCUAUUUUAACAAGCUGUUGCCAUUUAGACACCACAUCUAAUGCCAAUUAACAAACACUAAUCUGCCUCCUUCCUAACUCUGUCUUUACACUUUGCAGUUGGCAACCCGAAUUCAGCAUCAAACCACCAAAUUUGCAAUCAUCUUCUAUUUUAGAGGAGAGACUCCUAACCUAAUAGGUGGGGGUCACUAUUUUCUUACAUUAAGAAAAUUACAAAAGUGCUAACUUUUUAACGCUUGUAGGUUGCUUGUAAUGACACCAUCCAUCCAUCAUCAUAAAUGUUGGGCCUUAACUCCGCCUGGUAAGUUUAUUCCUAGCCGGUCCGGGGGCGGGCGACUAAUGUUGUUUUGGACCUCUCAGUGCCUACAGUAUCUCCAUUAUUGUUUUUUCGGAGCGGCCAGAUUGUGUGUGAGUGAGCAAAGUUAAAAUAAAGGAA